AUGUUCCCCCAACCCAAUGAAUCGUCAAUUCGUCUUUUGAAACAUCCCAUAUGGAUUGUAUCAGAGAAUCCACAAAGGCGCGACUGUAGCAUCUACAUUAGACCAGCAGAUGAACAGGUGGAUACAAUAUUCUUCUGUGCAAAUGCAAAUUUGGCAGCACCUCUGCUCCAUGUGUGGGAGGCCAUUUGGAUAGAAGGUUAG